UGACAUUUGACAAAUAGUUGAUCUUGACAUUUGACAAUUACAGCCGUUCAUGCCAAAAUUCCAAAUGAAAUUAUUUUAGAGAAUUGUAUGAAAAAUGGCGUCUUUAUUACCUCGUUCUUUCGGCCUUGCUGAAACAGUAUUUUUAAAAAAUGGAACAAAGCUGUUGGCGGCAUCAACUCAAAGCAAUUUACCAUGCAAGCAGCAAGUUCGCCACCUGAACGUGCAUGAGUAUGUGAGCUACACACUGCUCCGGGACAGUGGCAUCCCUGUGCCACAGUUCAAUGUUGCCAAGACCAAGGACGAGGCAGUCAAGUUCGCCGAAGAUCUUAAAACCAAAGACAUUGUCUUGAAAGCCCAGGUGCUUGCUGGUGGUAGAGGCAAAGGUGCCUUUAAAAAUGGUCUCAAAGGUGGCGUGAGAAUGGUUGAUAACCCCACCACUGCGGGAGACUUAGUGGGCAAAAUGCUGAAGGAGUACCUGGUGACCAAGCAAACGGGCGCGGCGGGCAGGAUCUGCAACAUGGUCAUGGUCACAGAGAGGAAGUUCCCUCGCAGGGAGUUCUACGUCGCUAUCAUGAUGGAACGCAGUUUCAAUGGUCCAGUGAUAAUAGCGUCGUCUCAAGGAGGCGUGAACAUAGAGGACGUGGCGGCGGAGAACCCUGACGCCAUCACGUACGAGCCCAUCGACAUCAAGGCCGGCAUCACCGACGAGCAGAUCUCGCGAGUUGUUCAGAAGAUUGGUCUGGACGACAACAAAGAAGAGGCGUGCGGUAUGAUCAAGAAAAUGUACGAUCUGUUCCUUAAGAAGGAUGCCCUUCUGAUUGAAAUCAAUCCUUACGCUGAAGACGCUUUGACUGGCAAAUUCUUUUGCUUGGACGCCAAGUUCAGAUUCGAUGACAACGCGCAGUACCGACAGAAGGAUCUGUUCGCACUCAGAGACAUCAGUCAAGAGGACCCGAAGGAAAUUGAGGCGGCUAAGUUCGACUUGAACUAUAUUGCUCUUGAUGGUAGCAUCGGCUGCAUGGUGAACGGCGCGGGGCUGGCGAUGGCCACCAUGGACAUCAUCAAGCUGUACGGCGGCGACCCCGCCAACUUCCUCGACGUGGGCGGCGGCGCCACCGCGCAGGCCGUCGCGGAAGCGUUCAAGAUCAUCUUGUCAGACCCCAAGGUGACGGCCAUCUUGGUGAACAUAUUCGGAGGCAUCAUGCGCUGUGACGUCAUCGCGGAGGGAAUCAUCAACGCCGCCAAGAACCUCAACAUUCAGAUCCCUGUCAUUGUCCGUUUGCAGGGUACCAAAGUGAACGAGGCGCGCAAGCUCAUCGCGGACUCCGGCCUUCGCAUCGUGCCGCGCGACGACUUGGACGAGGCCGCCAAGCUGGCGGUACAACUGUCGGAGAUCGUGGGGCUCGCCAAGAAGGCCGGCGUCGAGGUCAAGUUCGACAUACCCAGAUACAUGCUCGAGAAGUGAACACCCAUAUACAUUUACACAGUUUAGCAAUCGUACAGAUAGGACCGCCACGUUUGUAACAAAUAUAAGCCAGAUUUGGCUUAUAUCCCACCUAAAGUGCAAAAUAUCAAUAUGGGAAAAUAAUUUCCAUUUAUUCUUAAUCUUAUAAAAAUACGCUAUAAAUAACCCACCUAAUGCAGGUAAGCACUGACGAAAUUGAUACGAGAUAAGUGAUAAUAUCAAUGUGGAAAAAAAGUUUGCAUUCAUUCUAAACCUUACGAUGAUACACUACAAGAAGACACAAAUGAACAAUCUGUAAUAAAUUGGACACCAUAAGCAUCCCAAUGGUAGUACAUUAGUAGCCAAGCUGUAUGAUUGCUAAACUGUCGACACUCACCAUAAUCGGGGAUUUGUGCACCAAAAUGUCGUUCAUAGUAUAAAAUCAAAUAAAUAUGGUCGCUAUUCGAUUUGCGUAUGGUACCAAUUCAUUAAUAUUGAAUGAUGGUGAUCCAUAUUGUAUUGCUCACAACUUUUGAUGUCAUAUUUGACAUUUACUGCCAAACAUAUUGUAUUUUAUUAUCCAUAUUUAUAUUAUAAAUGCGAAAGUGAGUUUGUUUGUUGAGCUUUUAGAUGCAUCGAUUUUUAACAUACUUUCAACAAUGAAAAUUAACAUUAUCAGCGAGUAGCAUACGGCAUACUUUAUCACAGUAUUCCCAUGGAAACAGCAAGUAUGCCGGGAAAGAUUGCGGGGCAUCCGCUAGUGUGAAAUAUUUGUUUUAAUUAUUUCUAUUACAAGCAAUUUGUAGUUUGUUUUUAACUCCUCUUUAUUAUCUUUAUAUAUUUUGUAUUUAUCUCUUAUAGUCAAAUUUGCUCUCAUUCAUUAUUUUUUUCAUUUAGUUUUUAUUAGGUAUUUGUGCACAAAUCCCUGAAAAAAGUAGAUACUAGUAAGAUAUCCUAUUAAUCUCGUAUAACUUGAUCGAAUAACGUCUUGGGACAGUGUAUGUUAAUCAUUACAGUAUGUUGUAAUCAUUACCGAUUUGCUUAAUGUAUAAGAAUUAUGAGCUGUGUUAUUUAUUCAUAUUAGAUUGACAUGUAGAUAGUAGGAACAUAAUUGUUCAUUUAUUUUUUGAUUAUUAUUGUAAUUUAUUAAUUGUUUUAUUGUAUUAAAUGUACCUACGUCAUAUUAAGUUUCCAUAAGCUUAUUCUCUUGUUGUUCGAUACAUUUAGUGUAUGUAUCUUAGAAAAUAAGUGCAGUGUUUAAUCAUUAUAGUCAAGUCACUUAUACGAGUAAGUAUAACAAUAGCAAACUAUUACUCAUACUACAUAAUUAUGAAUGUGUUGAAAACACUAUGUUUCUUAUGCAAUGUCCCAGAUUCAAUAUAAAAGCACUGAUUCAAAUUAAUAUUUGAACAUUCGACAUUAAAUAUAUCACUCAUUAAAAACCAUUCGAAUAUUUAAUUUAACCAUUUUGAGUAUUGAAACCCAUUAUAAUAAGUUGUGUAUUAUUAAGCUGUAUAAUUAUUAUAAAUGACAUUAAUUUAACGAAAACUAAUUAGCGAAAAUCCGACCUAUUAUUGGGCGACUUAUAUAGCGCCCCGAACGUGUAUUAUUGCAAUAAACUUGUAUAUAUGGUAUAUAUUAUAUGUAGCAUACAUGUUUGUAUGUUCCUUUGUAUAUAGAGAACUGUGUAUCAAGUUCAUAUAUUAACGUAUUUGUCGAUGGGUAUUCUUGAAGUACAGUAAGUUAUUUGAUUUAUCCAAGUGAUAAUUUAUUUCUUUUUCGCCUGUAACUGUGGUUCAAAACUAAUAAACUUAUUUGGAUCGUAGAA